CUCCGAACGAACGUAAAAAUUACUCAGUUUUUGUCUUUCUAGCUUCAAUAAAGUUUUCUAUUCAUCAAAAAAUAAAAGCUUUUAAGCUCAUAAAAGAAGUAAAGGUCAGGUGAGACGUGAGAGAAACCUAACAACUGUUGCAACGCAGGUCAAUGUCUUCCAAUACAAAAGGAAGACUUGUACAAACUACAAAGAACAGGUUCUCAAAAGAGAAAAAGAAAAACGUCAAAAACCUACAAAGCACAAGUUCCAGUUCCAGUUUCAACAGGCAAUUAGCAAUGACCAAACCAGAUAUGGAUCCUGAAAUAUGGAGCCGAAUGCCUGAAGAACUUCUCGAGAAAAUCCUAUCUCUUCUUCCUCUGAAGGCCUUCUUGAAUCUGAGAUCAACCUGUAAGAAUUUCAAGUCCCUUAUAUUCUCUCCAUCUUUUAUAUCUAGACACUCUUCUGGUUCUUCUUUGCCUUUUUCUUCGUUUCUUUUGCUGUCUCAUCCUCAGUGUUACAAUCAAUUCCCUUUGUAUGACUCUGGCCUUGGAGCCUGGCGCAGCGUAGCUCUUUCCCACUCUGAUUUGCUACCAGCAGCAUCUACAGCACCUUCUUUCUCUCUUCUCUCAACCUCCAAUGGACUAUUUUGUUUCUCCCUUCCCAGCUCGUCUUCUUUUCUUGUGUGCAAUCUUUUGGCUAGGACCUCAAGAAUCAUCAAGUUCCCAGCUUCCCCUUUUGCUUUUGAGCUUCUCACUUUGGUUUCCACGCCUGUUGGGUACAAAUUAUUCAUGCUCUCAACUGGGUCCUUUUCGAAUUUUUCUGCUUUUGUUUAUGACUCAAAUGAUCCGUCUUGGAGAAAAUUCGAUGGCUUUGAUCCGAUUCUGAGUGAUAAUUAUCACCAGGAGGGUGUUUUCUUUAAUGGGUGUUUGUACUUUUCGACCCCAGAGCCAUUUUCAGUGGUGAGUUUUGAUUUGGAGAGUGGGAAGUGGGAGACGCUUAAUAGUGAAUUGCCUGGGGAUCUCACUUUUGUGAGGUUGGUUUGUGGUGAAGGGAAAUUGUAUUUGAUUGGUGGAGUUGGGAGCAAUGGGAUCUCGAGGGCUAUCAAGAUGUGGGAAUUGGACCAAGCAAGGAAUUGGGAGGAGGUGGAGAAUUUGCCAGAGAUGAUCUGUAGGAAAUUCUUGUCUGUUUGUUACCAUAAUUAUGAGCAUGUUUAUUGCUUUUGGCAUCAGGGGAUGAUCUGUGUUUGUUGCAAUACAUGGCCUGAGAUUUUGUAUUACAAAAUGUCAAGGAGGACUUGGCAUUGGCUGCCCAAAUGCCCUUCUUUGCCUGUCAAAUGUAACUGUGGCUUCAGGUGGUUUUCUUUUGUUCCGGCAUUGUAUGCUCCAGUUUAACAGUCAUUUUCUCCUUGUCUUCUGCUUUCACUUCUGUAUUUUAUUUGAUGGUUUUCACUUUUGUUUAUAUAAUAAAGUGUGAUAGAUAUGUCAUUUGUUAA